GGAUGGAAAUGUUCAUUUGUUCAGUGUGAAUGACGUGCGAGUAAUCAGAUGCAAGAAAAACAAUGAAAUUACGAGCAAAAACUCAAAUCGGACAAAAAAGUAAACAAGUUGAUAAAUUUAAGCGACGCAUUGAGUCAAUUUCAUUUGAGUUGAACGAAUUUUUCUGAAAUUUUCUGCUGGAUUUCGAAAUCUAAUGUAAAUACGAUAAACGGAAACACCUCAUAAAAAAUUGAGAAAGCAAUAGAUAAUAUAGUAAGGUUUUUUUUUUUGUGUAUAUGUAUCAUCACCAUCAGAAAGUGACAACAAAGGAAUUUAUAUAUCAGCAAUCAAAAUAUGGUGCUAUUGGUGUGAAUAAGAACCUAAUUAAAGCAACAUUUUCAUAUUGAAUCCGGGCAAUCGGCAUUGUAUUCCAUUGUGUGUGUAUAUUUGUUCGAGAACACUGACAUUCAGAGAUACAAUCAAUUUCGAUGUGAAAGACCAAAACAAAUAUAGAAGCAGAGAGAAAAAAGUGUGUUGCAUGACAGAUUGAACGUAGUACGGACAAAUUGUCAUUACUUUUACAUUCGCACUGUGAAAUACUUCAAUUGAAUUUUUUAAGCGGCAGUAAACAAGUGGAAACGUCAAAAUGCCGAUUUUAUACAGUGUUAUAUCGCGUGGUACGACCGUACUGGCGAAAAAUGCAGAAUGCGUUGGAAAUUUUGCCGAAGUUACCGAACAAAUUAUCAAAAAUAUCCCAUCACACAAUCACAAAUUGACCUAUGCACAUGGAAACUAUUUGAUUCAUUUUAUUAGCGAAGAUCGUAUCAUUUACAUGUGCAUUACGGAUGAUGAAUUUGAACGGGCCAGAGCCUUCAUGUUUCUCACCGAAAUCAAACGACGAUUCUUGAUGCAAUAUGGCUUACAAGCGGCAACGGCCAUUUCAUAUGCCAUGAACACGGAAUUUUCACCGAUUCUCGCAUACGAAAUGAAACACUAUAGCGAAUCGAAUGAAUUUGAUGCCAUCUCACGGGUGCACGGACAAAUUGACGAACUUAAGGAUAUUAUGGUCAAAAACAUAGAAAAUGUGACAGCACGUGGCGAACGUCUUGAGUUAUUGGUGAAUAAGACGGAAAAUUUGCGCGACACAUCGGUAUCGUUCAGGAAAACAUCACGCAACUUGGCCAGAGCCAUGUUUUGGAAUAACAUAAAAAUGUACGUGAUCGUGGGUGCUGUAAUUUUAUUCAUCAUUUAUGUUAUCGUGAGUAUGGCAUGCGGCGGACUGUUGUGGCAGGAGUGUGUCCAUAAGCGUUGAAAUAUCAGCCAUAAGCGCUGAAAAAGCAACAUCCGACCGAAUAAACGCGUUAUAGAUUAAAAAAAAAAACAAUUCAACAAAGCAUUAGAUUUAUCGCUGCGUUCGGUGAUAAUCACAUUGGUUUGAAAUAUUUUCCUAUAAUCCUAUGAUUUUUGUUUGUUUUCUAUUCUCUUUAUAAUUUAAUUUGUACCGCAUUCAAUUAGUUUGUAUUAUGUUAUCCAAAUAUCACACAUUCAACUCUAGUUUGCAACAAUGUGCUAAAAAAAAAAAUCUGAUGUUUAUCAGCGACAACAUGUUUUUGUUCGUCUUGGAAGAAAAGAAAGAAAGAAAAAGAAAUUGUCUUGUGUUCGAAUACGACGAAUUGUGAAAUGAUAAAAACUCGAAAUUGUGAUGAAAAAAACACGGCUGAACUAGAUUCGAAUAGACUUGCGACCCCGCUUCAAACGGUCAGAUCUGAACCAUCAAACACAUGGACACAAAUCUUUUGUAAACAUUUUUUACAUGGAGAAACAGUUAAUAUAUCAGAUGAACAGGAUGAUCAUUGAACACGCAUGUUUAUUAGUGGUUAGAUUGUACUAGAGAAUAAGAGUUUCAAAUAUACUAUUUUUUUGAAUCACAA